GAGAGGAACAGAAUGGGACAGGACCUGAAGCGAUACCUGACGAGAUCCGUCCACACUGUACCUGGAGAUAUUUUUGCUGAUCGCUUCUUACUGAACCUCACUGGAGAUGUGGGCCGUUAGUCAACUGCUGCUGUCAUCUUGUUGUUAAGGUGAUGUUAGCCAUCGAGGUCCUGCUGUCGUACUUCUAAGUAAACGUUGAGUGUUUGCGAAGGAGACCGGAGCGGCUUUGUAUUUUACAUUAGUUUGAUCUCUUACACCUGCCAGCUGCUCGGUAGUGAUUCUUGAGACAUGGGGUCAGAGUCGGUGAAGGUGGUGGUCAGGUGCAGGCCCCUGAAUGACAGGGAGAAGGCGCUCAGCUGUAAGAUGGUGCUGACCAUGGACCUGCAGCACUGCCAGUGCUUCAUAGAAAAGCCAGGUGCAGUGGAUGAGCCACCUAAACAGUUCACCUUUGAUGGGACCUACUAUAUUGAUCAAACAACUGAGCAGAUGUACAACGAGAUUGCUUAUCCUUUGGUUGAGGGUGUGACUGAGGGAUACAAUGGGACAAUUUUUGCUUAUGGACAAACUGGAAGUGGAAAGUCUUUCACCAUGCAAGGGGUGUCUGAACCUGCAACCCAGAAGGGUGUCAUCCCGCGGGCCUUUGAACACAUCUUUGAGAGCAUUCAGUGUGCAGAAAAUACGAAAUUCCUGGUGAGGGCCUCCUACUUGGAGAUUUACAAUGAAGAAAUCCGAGAUCUUUUGGGAAGCGAUGCCAAGCAGAGAUUGGAGCUGAAAGAGCACCCAGAGCGUGGGGUAUAUGUACGGGACCUUUCCAUGCACACUGUGCACAGUGUGGGAGAGUGUGAAAGAAUCAUAGAGAAAGGCUGGAGGAACCGCGCAGUGGGCUACACGCUGAUGAACAAAGACUCCUCACGCUCCCACUCAAUCUUCACCAUCCACCUGGAGAUCUGCAGCACUGAUUCAUCUGACCAGGACCAUCUACGGGCAGGAAAACUCAACCUUGUGGACCUGGCAGGAAGUGAGCGUCAGUCUAAAACUGGUGCUACCGGCGAGCGACUCCGCGAAGCCACAAAGAUCAAUCUUUCCCUCUCGGCCCUGGGAAACGUCAUCUCCGCCCUGGUAGAUGGACGCUCCAGAUACAUCCCCUACAGAGACUCCAAGCUGACCAGGCUGCUGCAGGACUCUUUGGGAGGAAACACCCGCACCCUGAUGAUCGCCUGUCUUUCGCCCGCAGACAACAAUUAUGAGGAAAGCCUAAGUACGCUGCGAUAUGCAAACCGGGCCAAGAGCAUCCAGAACAGGCCUCGCAUCAACGAGGACCCCAAGGAUGCUCUGCUCCGAGAGUAUCAGGAGGAAAUCAAGAAGCUGCGGGCGCUCCUCACAGGCCAGCUGAGCACUGCUGACCUUUCAACUCUGCUGGCUGGUCAGUUUUCUGAGUCAUCCCCUGCUGUGUCCUCAAGGCCACAGUCCACCCCCACUGAAGAAAGGAAGGAAAAGAUUAAAGAGGAGUAUGAGGAGAGGCUGGCCAAGUUGCAGGCUGAAUACAAUGCAGAGCAGGAAUCCAAGGCGAAGCUGCAGGAGGACAUUGCUGCUUUGCGUUCCUCCUAUGAAUCAAAACUGUCCAGUCUGGAGAAGGCCCAAGUCAGCAGGGGGAGCUCUGUCCCCAAGAAUGUGGGCGCCAGCUGUACAUCCCAGGUUGCUUUGGAAGAACUCUGCAUGAGCACUGAUCCCAUGUGCCACAGUACAGUUGAGGAAACCUCCCAGACUAAGCUUUCCGAAAAAGAUCCAGAUAGAGCUGGACUCUUGGAGUCUUCUGAUGCAACUGCACCGGGGCCUCUAGACCAGAAACACGUCCUGGAAAGACUGCAGCAGCUGGAACAGGAGGUGGUAGGAGGGGAGCAGGCCAGGAACAAAGAGCUGCAACAAAGACAGCGGCAGAGAAAAAAACUUGCUGACCAGAGAAAAGCUCAGCUUGUCCAUGCUCUGUCAGAGAACAGCGAGGAGAGCGAAAAUGUGCUGCUGAAUGUCUACAACUCUAUCCAGGAAGAAGUCCAUGCCAAAAACCAAAUGCUAGUCAAAGUUCAGGGCAAGCUGAAAGCAGCCAAACUGGAGAUCCGUGACCUGCAGGCAGAGUUUGAGGUGGAGAGGAAUGACUACCUGGCGACUAUACGCAGGCUGGAGAAGGAAGGGCAGCUCCUGCACAGCCUGCUGGAGCGUAUGGUGCCUCUGGUGCGCCGUGACUGCAACUACAGCAACCUGGACCGCUUGAAGAAGGAUGCUGUCUGGGACGAGGACAGCGCCACCUGGAGACUGCCAGAUGUGAUGGUGCAGAAAACAACACUGCCUUCAGCAGUGACUCCAAAAGCUUCAGCUCGCAGAGGCUCAGGUUCUGAUGCUGGAGAAGCAUUUACGCAGGUGGAGGAGGACAGGUACAAGCAAAUGCUGGACAGAAGUGACAGUGAGAAUAUUGCCAGCAGCUACUUCAAGUCAAAGAGGGCGAGCCAGCUCCUCGGAAGUGACACCGCAAAAGCCCACGUUAACGUGGCAGGCCACCUCUCCAUGAGCGGCUCUAACAUGAAUCUGUCUGUGAGCUCAGACGCCAUCCUGCCUCGCCCCUUCCGUCUGGAGUCGCUGGAUGUCCCAGUGUCCAACGGUAAAGUGAAGCGCAAAAAAAGCAAAUCUCACAUCCAUAAUGAGGCGACUUAAAUGGACUGUGACCCACAUAUUUGCAGUUUUCUACAAUGACACUUUUGAUGACUCAUCAAAAAAUAAGUGUUGUAUAUGUAUAUCUGACUGUGAAUCAGUGUAUGCUUUUAUGACGGCUGCUAUCUAGAUUUACACAGGACCCAUUUAUUGCCGAUGUUACAAGUCCAUUUGCGUCAUGAGUUUUUAAUUAUUAAUGUUAAUUUUUAACUCAUUGCUACCUACUGUAUGAUGCUUCCUCGGUUUUUCUUUUCUUUUUUGCACAAGACAUAAUUUAAUGUUUGUUUGA